CAGAAAUUAUGACACCUUCUUGCUGAGAAUUUUUGCUACUACAAUAUAAAAGAUGUGACUUUUUAUUGUUGUUUUUGUCAUUCCUACACUGUAGUUCUUUAGUUGGGCAUUGUUACCACGACGACACGAUGUGCGUUUUAUUCAAUGCUUCUCCGUUGAAGGCUGGGCGUGAGCGUCACCGUCGGUUUCGCAAGAUGAAAGCCAAACCUGACCUACACCAGCAACCGAGCGAGACAAAAAUGCCGGUGCCGUUCCCUAGUUUUUCGUCUGUUGGACGACCGGCUCUGUCUUCUUUGUUCGGCGUGGUGUUUGCGUUGCUUCUCGCCUCACAACAUUCAGCAGCAUUGCAGCAGGAAGAAACUAGUUUCGUCGAGAUAAAGAAACGAACCAAUGUCGACUUGCAAAAGCAACGUAAGCGGAAAACAAAACCUCAUGACGAAAUAGAACAAGAAGAGCAAAGUGAAAACCAAAAGCUGACUAUAACCCCAGAGAAAGCACAGGUUAACCUGGGACAACUUUUCAAAGAUUACCGAAACCGAAACGGAUACCGAAACGGAAUCCGGAUCAGGUGUUACAGCCCCGAAUCUUUACCGGCGCGACGAGAACCGGGCUGGACGCCAGCAUUGAUAUCGGAUGAGCCAUCUUUGAGUGAAUACGUCUACAGAGUGCAAACGAAGCUGCUUCCUGACAAUUUGUCACUACAAGAGCAGGGGAAACCGUUUGAGAAUCCCCUGACGCCAGACGACGUCCAUCUGCUGAAGGCCACUGUUG